GUCACUGUCUGCACAAUAUCCUGCAAAUCUCCUGGGAAGAAACUCACUUGCUUACUCCCCAAAGCCUGUCCAAUGUCUACCUGACACAAGUCAGGAGUGUGAUGGAAUGCUCCCCACUUGCCUGGAUGAAUUCUGCCCUGUGACAGGAAGUGUUGCCACUGAAACCCAAGGGCCAUGGAUGACAACCUAGAUUUCACCACUGGAGAUGCUGGGGCCUCUGCUACCUUUCCAAUGCAGUGUUCGUCUUUGCGCAAGAAUGGAUUUGUGAUUCUGAAAGGACGCCCCUGCAAAAUUGUUGAAAUGUCUACAUCCAAGACUGGCAAGCAUGGGCAUGCCAAGGUUCACAUGGUUGGUAUUGAUAUAUUCACUUCAAAGAAGUAUGAAGAUAUCUGUCCCUCUACCCACAAUGUUGAUGUCCCCAGAGUCACGAGAAAUGAUUAUCAGUUGAUUGGAAUUACAGAUGGCUACCUCUCUCUGAUGACAGAUAAUGGUGAGAUACGUGAGGAUCUGAAACUACCAGAAGUUGAUCUGGGAAAGGAAAUACUUCAGAGAUAUGAUGCUGGUGAAGAUAUAAUGGUCACAGUUCUGAGCACAAUGAAUGAAGAGGCCGCUGUUGGCAUCAAGCACAUGACUAAGCAGUAAACAGGGAUCAAGAGACCAGUCCUGACUACUCGGGCCAAAACCUUGGAUCUUAAUUAGGUUAAUUAUUGCCAAAGUAAUGGCCUUCACACCACAACCUCAUUUCCUUCAAAUUUUUUUUUUCCAAAUGGCUCCAGACCAGACUUGACCUUGCUGCCCAAUUGGCUGGUCAGUUGUUGCUACGGGCUGAUUGGCUUUGUACUAAAUCAUGGCUAUUGAUGCUCCCAAAUAAAAGUAUGGCAAUGUAAUAUUUGCUGCCGUUGAUCCUAUUUUUGUUUGCAGAACUGGCCUAUAGUGUGAAUUCCGAAAGCUGCCUGUCCAGCGAGUGGUUUGAUGUCCAACCUCAUUGCCUAAUGAGUGUUUCCUACACAAUACACUUAGCAGCUAUGAGCAACUAACUAUUACCUCUGUUACACUCCUAAGUUUUUUUUCAAAAAUUGUUGCACCUUGUGUUGCAAAAUUCUACUAAUACAGUUUUGGUGCUUGUCCUGGGCAGAUGGGGCAAGUUUUCCAAAUAUUGCAUUAUGAAAGAAGUCAGUAUAAAUCUGGAGACUGUAUUAUGCUGCAAAAUUUCACACGAAAUCUUGACUGAUUAAAAAUUGUUAUAUUCAAUUGCUUAUAACUUUUAUUGUAUUUAUCAUGCAGUAGGAUUAAAACAUGUGAAUCAUUUCCUGGAACUUGUCUUUGAGGUGCAUUUUGUGUUGUAUAUAUCAGACACUAAUUGUUACAAGAUGACUGUUAAACCCUUUAUGGAAGGGACAGGCUGCUGUGUAUGGAAAUCUUUCCAUUACUCGCUUGUGGAUGUAGUACUUGUCAACUCACUUACUCCGGUAUCAAACAAGAUCAGACUGCCAAGUUCAAUGCAUCACUAGCUGGUGUGACUUAAAAAUAAGUAUGUGGUGAGAGUUGAACUUUAUUCCUGAAAACUACUUUUGGUUUGAUUUUGAUCUGUACGCAUUUUAAUGGGACACUGAAUGGAUUUCGGUGAAGUUACCAAAAGCCUUAUAUUGUGUCCUCUUCCCUCCUGUCUUCUAAAUGCCCUGCUCCCCAAUCCCCAACUCUUUCCUGUGAUAUGGGAAUAUUGCUGAUUUCCAUCUUUUCUGUAUACUCAUUGGCUGACUUUCUUUGGGCUGCCUCCUAUGUAAUUUAAUAAAUACUGUUUUGUAGGGCUCCUGAAUAUGCACUUUGUAUUUGAGCACUUGGUUGCUAGAAAUCCAUUUGAGACAGUGUAACGGCAGUCGUCUGGUUUGAUGUGUGUCAUAAUAAUUUCAAUGAUUUGCAUUAUCUUUACAAAUCCAGGGUUUGUGUUCCUUUUUUUGUUAAUUUUACUUCUGGUGCAGAAAUGGCUGCAGAUCAUUGGGCCUACAUCUCAUUCUUUUACAGCAGGCUGCUUGAAAUUAGAGGACUCACUUUCAGAAAUGGUUCACAGGUAACAGAUUGGUUGCUUUUCUCACAGCAAUCAAGGUUGAGUUUAGCUCAGUGUGUGAAAGUUACUUGUGGAGCAAGUAAGAUGAGGGAGUGUUAAGCAACUGAUCCUAGACAAUGUAGACUUACGGUAUAAAACUGUAAUAAAGUGACAGUAUUAUUUUAAAGAUUGGUAUGGGGAAUUGGGAAUGCCACAUUUUACUAUAAGUGAGCUGCAGUCGCCUUCUGGAAUUGAAUAGACCAGCACAGGCAUAUGCCAGCUGUCUAAAAGAGAGACUUGUUAAUCCAAUUCUCAGUUUAUCCUGAGCACAACACUUUGUUCCUUUUUUCCCCAAGUAUUUAUUACAUGUUUUUGAAAAUUCCAUCCACCACCUUGUCAAGGUUAUGCAUUCCAGUAAGAACUUAGUGAAUAUAAAUAUUUAUUCUCUCACCCUUGCCUAGCUAUUUACCAAUUACAAUAAAUCUGUUAUCUCAAUAUGCCCAGUCCUGCCAGUGAAAUUUGUUUACAAUAUCCAAAUUCCUUGUUAAUUUUGGGAACAGCAAUUACAUCUUCCCAUAAUUCAUGCUUUAUAGAAAGCAAUCCCAGCUUGGCCAGUGUUCUUGUUGGAUGGGAGGUAGGGAUAGCAAAAUGGAAAUGUUUCAUUCAUUCCUCUCCCAGUAUGUCAAAGAUUUUGUUUUACAAGGGGAUGGUUGAGCGGAUGUUUGCGCUCUCAUGAGCCCUUACUGUUUGAGUUUGUAAAUACAGUAGUGCUUCACUGAGAAUGAAUGAAUGGAGUCUUUCUCCAGCUAUUUGAUGCAUUGAGCUGGGCAUAAAUACACAAGACUAGAUUUCAAAAGAUUUAAGUCUGCGUGAACAAAUCAAAUUGUUGGCUGAAAUGCAGUUGUCAUAUUAUUUUAAUGUGAUCUAUUAGACACUUUGUGUACAUUUUAGCUGCCUGAUAAAUCUUACUGAAAGUUUUGUAAUGCAAUUAAAGCCUAAUUUGCUUUAGAAAUCAAAUUCAGACACACUGACAUAACAAUUUCAGGAAGCUGACAGUUGCAAAUAGUGCACCCUUGAUAUUUUAUUCACAAAACAUGUACAUCUUUACCAUUUCUUAUCACUUCAGUGUUAUAUUGGUGUCUCCUUUGACCUAAGUAUCAGUGCACUUGCUGCAUAAAUUGAGCAGCAGAUGGGUCAGGCUACUAAUUUUUCCUAGAUUUUGUUUUUUUUUGUUUUCAACUAAUAAGGGCUCAGAGUAAAAACUGUAGCAAAAGAUGUUUAAACUGAAUGCCUGUGAUGCCAUUUAUAAAGCAAUGCUAUUGCAAAUUUAAGUUUUGCACAAAACUUGUAAACUUCGAUUAAAACAUGUUCAGAUAA